GCCUAGUAGAACCACCUUCUAGACUGUGAAGCGCGUAAACUUUCUCUUCUACAUAUUUCUGGUCAGUUUGGAUCAUGGCUGUGUCAGUUGUUGGUUUCGAUAUCGGCACUUUGACUUCUUACAUUGGUGUUGCGAGAGGUGGUGGCAUAGAAGUGAUCACAAAUGAGUUUAGUGACAGGGCUACGCCAACUUGUGUUGCUUUUUCAGGCCAAUCAAUCCUUGUAGGAACGGCUGCCAAGUUACAACAGGUUAUGAACAUCUCGAAUACUUUUUCAAACUUUACUCGGCUGCUCGGAAAAUGUCCAUCAGAUUUUGCCGUUUUAAACGAGAAGAAGUACUUGACAUGUCACAUUGAAGAAACCCAUGAUGGUCGCAUUACCCUUCCAGCUACUGUAAAUGGCGAACGAACAUCUUUCGUUCCCGAACAAGUGCUUGCGAUUCAGAUGAAUAAACUCAAAGAUAUUGCAGAGACUACUAUUUGUUCUAAAGUAGUCGACGUUGUUGUCAACGUUCCCACUUACUACACAGAUGCUGAACGAAGAUCUGUAUUAGAUGCCACAAAAAUUGCAGGGCUCAACUGUGUAAAGCUAGUUAACGAUGUGACUGCAAUUGGUACCGCGUACGGAUUUUACUGCUCAGAAUUACCACCACCUGAUCAGCCACCAAAAAUAGUGGCAUUUGUCAGUGUUGGUUAUAGUACUACGCAAAUUGGUAUUUGCAGUUAUAACACAGGUAAGAUGAAAGUCCUUGCGACGAUAUGUGAUGCCUUCCUUGGUGGUCGGGAUUUUGACGCAAAGCUUUUCAAUAAGUUUGCCAGCGAAUUCCAACAACAAUACAAGUUGAAAGCUUCUCUAUCAUUAAAAGCGACCGUAAGAUUGCUUUAUGAAUGUGAAAAGCUUAAAAAAGCAAUGAGUGCGAAUUCCUCUGAAUUACCUAUUAACAUCGAGUGUCUGACGGAAGACCGGGACUUGGCGAACAAAAUGAAACGAAGUGACUUUGAAGAACUGUGCUCGGACCUCGUGGAACGAUUCCAAGUGCUGCUUACAAAAUGCCUCGACUUGGCCAAGUUGAAGCCGGAAAACGUGCACUCAGUAGAGCUUAUUGGUGGUAGUUCACGUAUCCCUAUGCUAAAGAAAUGCAUCGCAUCUGUCUUCAAACAGGAAGGCAGAACUAGCUUAAAUGGUGAUGAAGCUGUCGCUCGAGGAUGCGCAUUUCAGGCAGCCAUUUGCUCCCCAGCUUUCAAAGUGAAAGACUUCAGUGUUCUUGAACCAUGUCUGUAUCCUAUUGUAAUACAAUUUGAUCAAGAGGAAGGUAAUGAACGGUGCAUGGAAACAGAUGAAAUUGAUGGUACGGUAUCAACACAAGGCAAAAACAUGUGCAUCGAAGUUUUUCCAUUUCUGCAUCCUAUUCCUUCUUCACGCCAAAUCGUCCUUUCUCGACGUGGUGUCCUCAUAUUGGAGGCUCGUUAUGAGAAUAAAGAUAGCUUGCCAAAUCAAAAUGUUGUCAUUGGAACUUUCAGGAUUGGAGACGCUUCUCAGAUAUCCGCUGAGCCUCGGAAAAUCAGGCUUAAAAUGCGUAUGAAUACGCAUGGUAUCUUCAAUGUUUCACAAGCACAACUGGUAGAAGAGUAUGAAAAAGAAGUUGAGGUUAGUGUUUCCGAAGACAAUCCUGUGGUUGAAGAGCCUACAAACCCUAAACAAGAAGCAACCGUGACUGGCAGCAAUGAAGAUAGUGAGAGUCAAAAUCCUUCAGUGGAUACCAACCAAACUAAUACACAAGAUUCUACUUUGCCAAAAAAGAAAACAGUAAUGAGAAAGAAAAAAUUCACCAAGUAUCAUGAUUUGAGUAUUGAUGUUAGUAAUAUGCAGUUCACCACAAAACAACUCAAUGAGUUCUCUGAAGUUUUGGCUAAUCUCAUUCAACAAGAUAGAUUGGAACGAGAUAGGGUAAAUGCUAAAAAUGCAGUUGAAGAGUAUGUUUAUGAGAUGCGGUCUAAACUUCAAAGCUCGUUGAGUCCUUUCGUGUCAACGGCCGAGUCUGAAUCAUUACUUCAAUUAUUAGAUAUGACGGAAGAGUGGAUAUAUGGUGAGGGGGAAAAUGUGAAACGUCAAAUUUAUUUAGAAAAACUCACUGAGUUGAAAAGCAAGGGAGAUCCAAUUUUCCAUCGUGCACACGAACAUCUCAAUCGUCCUUUAGCCGUUGAGAAUUUCAAUCGAUCACUUGUGCAUAUAAAGAAAGUGUUGGACAGUAUUGCAGCCGGGGAACCAAAUUAUGAUCACUUAACACAGGCACAAGUCAAACAGCUAGAAGAUAUGAUAGUGCAGUAUGAGACCUGGUUGAACCAACAAAUGAUUCAGCAAAAUCCUCGACCACAAACUGCAGAUCCUGUGCUUAAAGUUUCAGAUAUCGUGGCUCAACAACAAGCCAUGGAAUCAGUGUGCCAUCCCAUUAUCAAUACUCCAAAGCCGAUACCAGCGUCUCAUACUAAUAAUAAUAAUAAUAAUACAUCUGAUCCUAACUGUCAAGAUUCUGCACAAUGCAACGAUGUGAAUAAUUCAAACACAAAUUGUAACCCAAAAACAAAUCAUUCCAAAAAGAAUGCUGAUAAUAAUGAAGAAAACAUGGACCUAGAUUAAUGUGGGAUGUGAUUUCUUUAAAAUCUUUUAAUGAUACAUACAUUCAGCAUUUUGUCCAACUCUUCACUUCUCUGUUUGACUUUUGUUAUAAUAUUUUUUUUUUAAAUGGGUCCUUUAUACAAAGAGUUAUAAAGCCGAUUCUCACACACUCAUAUGUUUGGAAUAUAAGUUAUAUUCAUUGA